AGAGCGGCCGCGGUUUGGCAGCCCCGCCCCGCUGGCGGUGGGCGCCAGAUUGUCCACGGAAGAUUAAUGUACUUCUACCUCAGUGUUUUAAAUCUGUUGACAGUUUGGGUAAUGAUGGCUCAGCUCCAGCCAGGAUGCCCAGAUGAAAAAGAGAAGACUACUGCAUUAAAGGAUCUAUUGUCUAGAAUAGACUUGGAUGAACUAAUGAAAAAAGAUGAGCCACCACUCGAAUUUCCUGAUACUCUGGAAGGAUUUGAGUACAUUUUUAAUGAAAAAGGGCAGUUAAGACACAUAAAAACCGGGGAGCCAUUUGUCUUUAAUUAUCGAGAAGAUUUACAUAGAUGGAACCAAAAGCGCUAUGAAGCUCUUGGAGAGAUUAUCACGAAGUAUGUUUAUGAACUACUGCAAAAGGAAUGCCACUUGAAGAAAGUAACUCUCCCAGUUGAUGCAACAGAGAGUGAACCAAAGAGUUUUAUCUUUAUGAGUGAAGAUGCGUUGACAAAUCCUGACAAGCUCUUGGUCCUGAUUCAUGGUAAUGGUGUUGUCAGAGCAGGUCAGUGGGCCAGGAGGCUUAUAAUUAACAAAGACCUGGACAGCGGCACACAGAUGCCAUAUAUAAAGAGAGCUGCUGAGGAAGGCUACGGAGUAAUAGUACUGAAUCCCAAUGAGAACUAUAUUGAAGUGGAGAAGAAAAAUGCCCAAGUACAUCUGUCCUCUGAUAGCUCAGAUGAACCUGCAGAAAAGAGGGAAAAAAAAGAUAAAAUCCAAAAGGAAACAAAGAAGCGACGUGACUUCUACGAAAAGUACCGAAAUCCACAAAAAGAAAAAGAAACUAUGCAGAUGUAUAUUAGAGAUAAUGGAUCUCCCGAAGAACAUGCAAUUUAUGUUUGGGACCAUUUCAUUUCCCGGUCAGCUGCAGAGAACGUGUUUUUUGUUGCUCACAGUUACGGUGGACUUGCCUUUGUAGAGUUGAUGAUUCAACGAGAGGCAGAAGUAAAGAAUAAGGUAACUGCUGUGGCGUUGACAGACUCUGUUCACAACGUGUGGCAUCAAGAAGCUGGGAAAUCUAUUCGAGAGUGGAUGCGAGAGAACUGCUGCAACUGGGUGUCCAGCUCCGAGCCCCUGGACACUUUGGUGGAGUCCAUGCUACCAGACUGCCCCCGUGUCUCUUCAGGUACAGAGCGCCAUGAACUAACUUCCUGGAAGAGUUUUCCAUCUAUUUUCAAGUUCUUCAGCAAGGCAAUGGAUGCAAAGAACAGCUCAGUGAAACCAGCCCCAACGCGGCGCUCCAACAGGAUAAAAUACGAAGAAUUGUAAAAGGAGGGGAGUAAAAAAAGAAA